ACCCCUUCAUACCUCGCCACUUCGCAUCUCCCCUAUUCCCCCUGCCCGCCACCCACGCGCUUGCCCCGGAGGCAGGCCUGCCACUUGCAUGGUCCCCUCCCUCCGCCGCCUUAUCCGCGGCGCCGCCCCUGCCGUAUGUUCCACCCCUGCUCCCCUGUUACUCCCCCCUCCCCACACAGCGGACGGCACAGACCAGCUCUGCAAGGAGGCCCAGGCCAACCUGCCCAACAACCCUGACAUUCUGGCCUUCAAGCAGUGCGCCGCCACCAAGCCCAUCAGCACGUCCUGCUGCGCCAAGCUGGCCCCGUUCGCCAAGUACGCGCCCUGCCUGUCCAACGACAUGUACGCCACCGCCGUCAACAACUACCUGGGCGGUGCCACCACCAUCGACGAGGCCCGCAAGGCCUGCCUGUCGUAAACAUCCGGGCGAUCGUUUCAACUAAGGCACAUGCGAACCGCGCCAGUGGUUCCGUUCAUGGCGGGGCAAGGGAAAUGACAUGAAGUGUCAUAUUCUUAUUGAGAUUGAGCCAGGAUGGUAGUAUAUUGCACCGCGCAUGGUGGUACUGGAUUGCUAGCUGCGCGAGUAUUACCUUAUGGGGCUGUGCCAGGGGCUGUGCAUUGAAUUCAAUGCAUGGCUUGAUUGUUGAAGGAGUUGUGGCAGGUAGAUCGGUGGAGCUGGACACCGCCGUACGUGCAGCCGAUGCGUACUGCACUGCAGUUGCACGGUAUGGUUGACGAAGACGGGUUGAUGACUAGUUGUCUGUAGAUAGGUUUGUGCAGUGCAAAACUCAAUGCGUGCCAUCGGUCCUGAGUGGUUCGUCUGUCGUAGGCGCAAACUCAACACAUUGCUGCGGCGUGUGGGACGUGGCAUUGGUGGGAGCUACGAAUGGCCCUACUACCGUGGGGGCAUGUCGCACCCGUGGAGGGCACUGUAAAGCACACAUGUGCGCUGUUGGCCUACCAUGGGUGGGGCUUUGGGGCAGGAUGUUGCAGUAGGGUGCAGCCGCAGCGGCAUGAAUAAGCCACGGUACGCAGGUACAUUCCGGGUGCCUUUGCAGCUAGGGCAGCCUAGGGGGGUGCACAGGGCGCGGGAAGACCGUCAUGUCAGCCCCAG